AUGUCCACUUCAUCUAACGCCGGCACACAGAUCGACAUCGAAUCUAGGCCCCUGGACACCGCAGGCGAAAGGUUGCUUUCGCCAAGUGAGGACGACGAGUCCACCUGGACAAAAGCUUCUCAUGUGCUAUCGUUUCUUACCGCGCCUCAAUCAGAUACAAGUCCCGGAGAUUUACCUGUAGAUGACGGACCUCUAAUUCCCAUUGAGGAUUAUCGAUGUUUUCGCCAAGGUCUCACAGACCCUGUCACUUUGACCAUAACUCCAGCAGUGUUCAGUGGCACCACUAUUGACACUGAACAGGCUAUCAAAAGCGUCGUCCAAGUGACCAAUUUCUUCUGCAAUCAUCUAUCAAGAUGCUAUCCAACAAGCAACAGUGAUCAAUGUCCCAAAGUCAAUGGAAAGGUCGGUCGUCAGUACGAUUUUACCUUGAACUCACUGCCCGUCGAUGUCAAAACCGCUCUUUGCCAAGGGAAACUGUUAGACAAGUUCCGCUCUAUCGAACUUACCAUGAAACCUAGGGGAGAUCGUUUAUUAGAUUCCUUCAAAGAGGCUCACAGAGGAAAUACUGAUGUUACUAAACAGGGAAAACUCAUCGCUGUUCCCGCCCAUUCGGUAUCGGGGGGAUUUGGUGAAUAUGAUUUCCAGUACACAUCAUCGCGAACCAGCACCGAGCUUGAUUUGACAUUCAACGUAGAUUCGCCAAAUACUUGUGCAGUCGCUGGAAGGGAUGAUACCGCAACUAGGGAUGAACUUGGAAGUUUGGUACAAGAUCGGACCUUUUCAAUGACUGGAGUGACAUACCUGAUUGUCAGAGGAACGGGAGUGAACGAUGCGUGGGAAAAUCGUAUGGAGGCGGAUCAGCGCGAGCGUGAAGCGGCUGCUGACGAAAUCUACGCGCGUGAGGCGACACAUUCAUCGCCCGCAGAAACAGCGACAGAGCUAGGAAUAAGAUACUUGGCGGAGCAGCUUGAGGCAUUGCGCCCACGCCUUUAUGGACCUGGACGACCUUGA